AUACUUCUUUCGAGGAAAAGCUUGAAAGAGAUUCAAUUUCUUUUCAAUUCCUAACUGACGAAAUGGAGAAAGAAUAUUUUGAUCCAGACAAUUUUCCUGAUCAGUGCACUAGUGAAAAUUUAUUUCUUGAAAAUCCUAAUACUUCUUUUGAGAAAACAUCUGAAGGAACUUCAAUUUCGUCUCAACCACAUUUUGAUAUAAUGGAACACGCAGUCAUAAACGAAAAAUAUUUGAUCGAUCAAUGUGCCAAAGCGAAGUUACUUCUGGAAAAAUUGAGGUGUCUGUUAGAACAUAUAAAAAGAAAUGAUCUCAAAAAUCUGAGAGCAGUAGAAAAUAUUGACAAUAAUAUGGUUGAAAGACAGUCAAUCAACUUAAAAGAUGUUAAUUCCAUUCCUAAUUGUGAUUUUGGCGAUAAUGCUUGUGUUAGUCAGAAGGCAGGUACCAGUAUAUUUGUGCUUUCAUAUUAG